GGAGUACACGGUAACCCGUUACCACCACACGUAAUUGAAAUGGAACUAGCGGUCGUGAUGAUGAUCCUGAUCAUACCGACGUUGCCAAACCCGAGUGCCGAGACGCACGAACGAACGUGUGUACUACGUGACCUCGAGCCGACGAUGCAAAUGCGACUGCGACCCGGCCGGACAUGUGAGUAUGUGACUGUUCGUCUGUGCUCUGUACGUAUCCUCCCCAGGAAGGCAGGAACUAGCCACUGGUACCUUGACCCCACGCUGACCUGGCCCGCAGGCGUGGGCACGUGGCGUGCCCCUACCAAUCAGUGCCGCCCGCGGCCCGCCGUCAGCCAGUAAUCCGCCUGCCGGUUGGUUAAUUAACACAAGGAAGCCCAAACGAACGAAGCCAAAUCGCCGAGAUGAACGAGGGGAUUAGAUAAAGCGGGGCCAGCCGAGCAGACAGCGCCCCUCGUCUCCUCUCCUCGCUUCGCUUCGCGCCGCCGCCGCGAAUCGCUGGGAGCAGCGUACUGCCACUCAUAGCGGGACUGCAAAGUCCGUGAGGGUUGCGCGGCCACGUAACUGGGAGGGGAAAAGGAGGGAGGGGAGGCGAGGCGGCGGCCAGCAUGGAGGCAUCCGCGGCGGAGGAGCUGGCGGCCGCGAAGAGGGUGAUCAUGCGGUGGGAUUCCACUGCGUCGGCGGCGUGCUCAGCCGGCGGGGACGACCAGAUGCUGUUCGACGGCGCCGCCAACCGCGCCGAGGCGGAGCGGUUCCUCCGGGCGGUGGACGACCUCCGCCGCCUGGCGCCGCCGUCGCCGGCCUCCGUCGGCAGCCCGCGCCGUGCCUCGGCGGCGGGCGGCGUCUGCGACGCCGUGCAGGUCGCCAUGGCGCGGCUCGAGGACGAGUUCCGCCACGUGCUGUCGGCGCGCGCGCUCGACCUCGAGAUCGAGGCGCUCGCCGGCCUCAGCUCGCUCUCGAUGGCCAGCGACCGUAGGAACUCCGACGCCACCGAGGAGGCGGCCGCGGGGGACGACGACGGAAGCGGCGGCGGCGGCGGCAGCUCCGUGUCGUCCUCCGUCGGCAGGCGCAGCAGCUACCGCUCCCUGCAGAGCAUCCGCGAGAUCGACCUCUUCCCCGCGGACGCAAUCUCCGACCUCCACGCCAUCGCCUACCGCAUGGCCGCCGCGGGGUACGGCCGCGAGUGCGUCCAGGUGUACGCCUCCGUCCGCAAGCCGGCCGUCGACUCCGCCAUGCGCCGGCUCGGCGUCGAGAAGCUCAGCAUCGGCGACGUCCAGCGGCUCGAGUGGGACUCCCUCGAGGCCAAGAUCCGCCGCUGGAUCUGCGCGGCCCGCGCCGCCGUCCGCGGCGUCUUCGCCAGCGAGCGCCGCCUCUGCUUCCACAUCUUCCACGACCUCCCGCUGCGCACUUCCACCGCCACCGCCGCGUAUGCCACCAACCAAGACGCGCCCUUCGCUGAGGCCGUCAAGGGCGCGGCGCUGCAGCUCUUCGGAUUUGCCGAGGCCAUCAGCAUCGGCCGCCGCUCCACGGAGAAGCUGUUCAAGAUCAUUGACCUCCACGACGCGCUCUCCGAUAUGCUGCCUGACAUCUCCGACAUCUUCGCCGCCUCCAAGGCCACGGAGUCGAUAUACGUGCAGGCCGCCGAGAUCAGGUCGCGGUUGGCCGAUGCCGUGCGUGGGAUACUCUCGGAGUUCGAGAACGCCGUGCUCCGCGACCCAUCCAAGACUCCAGUGCCCGGCGGCACCAUCCACCCGCUCACUCGCUAUGUUAUGAAUUACAUCAGCCUCAUUUCGGACUACAAGGCCACCCUCUCUGAGCUGGUCAUCUCGCGGCCAUCAGCUAGCUCCCGGACUGCUGCUGAGGGCAAUGAGGCUACACCGUCCUUUCCUGAUCUUGACCCGCCCGAUCCUGACAGCCAGUUGCCCCUUGCCGCCCAUCUUAUCUGGAUUAUUGUUGUUCUUGAGCACAACCUUGAGAGCAAGGCGUCACUCUACAAGGAUGCCGCACUGUCUCAUUUGUUCCUUAUGAACAAUGUGCACUAUAUCGUGCACAAAGUAAAGGAUUCAGCUGAACUUCGGGGGCUAAUUGGGAACGAGUAUUUGAAGCGACUCACAGGGAAGUUCCGCCAGGAAGCUACAAGAUACCAGAGAACUGCGUGGUUGAAGAUCCUGAAUUGUCUCAGAGACGAGGGCCUCCAUGUUAGUGGUGGUUUCUCGUCUGGGAUAUCCAAAUCUGCACUACGGGAGCGAUUCAAGGCUUUCAAUGCUGCGUUUGAGGAGGCACACAGGGUCCAGUCUGCGUGGUAUGUGCCAGACACACAGCUGAGGGAAGAGCUUAGGAUCUCGAUUUCGGAGAAACUGCUACCAGCAUAUCGAUCCUUCCUUGGCAGGUUCCGUCAUCACAUAGAGAACAGCAGGCACCCUGAGUUGUACAUCAAAUACUCAGUUGAGGAUCUUGAGAUAACAAUGGCAGAUUUCUUUGAGGGAUCUCCACCACCGCAUAAUAGGAGGAGAUCUCAUGGAUGAAAUAUAUCUUGAAAAAACUUAUCUUUUUUGCAAUGAAUAAUACGUAUUCUUUAGUUCUUUGGGGACAGGCCAACCGACGCGGUUGGGUCUUGUGUUUUGUCCUCCUGAUGCUGAGGGUUGUAGUUGGUGAUGAUUUCUUCGACUAGAGGUAAUCUGAAACAGGAUCAGGAUCUUGAUAAAAAGCUGUCAGAAGUCCCAUUUCUUCUUCCACUGCAAGCGAUCUUUUUUUUUUCAUUUGUUACACUUGUUUAUAUUCUUGCGAAUAGCGUGUUUAUAAUAGGAAUGUUCUUUUAGCCAUAUAACAUAGUUGUAAGUUCUAACUUCUGCAUCUGUUUAACAUAGUGUUGUAUCAUCGUUUUGGUGGUUCACAUGUAUCUGAAAAAUGCUGUUUGAUAGAUGAGGUGCAAAAAGAAACUGUAAUGUUAAGGUUAUGCACAUAUGAUGCAAUUGUGAAUGCCAUUUUUUUUUC